GUAAUGUUGGUAUAACUGAUUCAAAUAAUGCUCGAUUUAACUCUGCAAUCAAUUUUAUGAACAAAUUUUCUCAUAAUUCUGUUUACGUUGUGGAAAAAUGGAUUGGCAAUUAACGUGUCGAGUAUGUCUGGAAACAGGAGAUAUGGUUUCUUUGUUUGAUUGGGACGAAAACAACGAUCAAUUAAGUGAUAAAUAUACUUAUUGCUGUGGCGUGGAGGUUACAAAGAACGAUUCGCUACCGACGCUUAUAUGUUUAAAUUGUGUGGAUCGUUUAACAUUUGCGUAUCAAUUUAAGCAACAGUGUCUUUCUUCAAAUAGCACUCUGAAAGAAUGCUUAGAUGAAUUUUUAAAAACUUCUUCCCUUACCGGAACAAGCACAAACGGUGGAGAUAGUUCAUCACACGUUGAUACUGAGACUAUAACAAUCAAACAAGAGAAUGGGCUAUUAUUACAAUACGAGCUGCCAGUGGAACACGAUGCGCAGACUCAAUGGACCAGACGGCUUAUCAAAACUCAGGAUAAUGCUGUUGUCAUCAAGGCACCUGGGCCCAAGAAGAGGGGACGUCCCCGCAAGUAUCCUAAUCAACAAGGGCAGAUUGAUGUAUCACCAUACCAACGGAAGAAGCCAAAAGAAGAGACGAAGGAGCCAGAAGCAUUGACAACUCUCUUGGCAUCCGGCAGUCUGGAGCUUAAACAGGAGCCUGAUGAUGAGAACGAUGAGGGACUUUUUGAGUUGGAAGGAGUAGAUUCGGACCCCGAUUUUGUGCCUGAAGCAGAUGCUGAGGAGGCAGCGGAGGACCAAGAUAUAAUCAAAGCUGACGAGCCCAAAAAGCGUGGCCGACCAAGAAAAAUCAAACAUCAGAGGGAAAUAAAGGUCAAAGAGGAAGAUGAAGAUGUAUUGCUCAAAGAAACUCUAUUGGCGUACUCCGAACCAAUCUCUGACCACAUACUUAACCCUAAACCGAAGAAAAAGAAACAACCAACCAAGAAGAAAUAUGUGUAUGCAAAAACGCAUGUCUGUGAGACAUGUGGAGCAUCAUUCACAUCCAACGCAUCACUUCAAGCCCAUAUUAGAAGGCAUUUGGGCAUUAAACCAUUUGUAUGCAGCGUAUGCGGGUUUUCCACCGUGGCCAAAGAGUCGUUGAAACGCCACAUGCUGAAGCACACCGGCCAGAAGCCGUACGCGUGCAAACACUGCCCCAGAAGGUUCGCCGACUGCGGCAGUCGGCAGAAACAUGAGCGAUUGCACAUGGGCAUCCGGCCGUACCAGUGCUCGCUGUGCGGCAAGGCGUUCACCUACUCGUACGUGCUGGCCAACCAUAUGCUUACGCAUACUGGCGAGAAGAAGUAUUCCUGCAGCCCGUGCAACAAGAAGUUCACAAAGGCGCACCACCUCAAGUACCACAACAAGGUGCAUCACAAGGAGUUAUACUUGCAGCAGCAGAUCGAACAAGAGGCGAAGAAGAUGAGACAGCAGAUUAACGUGAACAACCUGACCGGUGUGAUCUCAGGACAGAUUGUGGACGGGACGCUGCAGCUCAUACAUACAUCUGAAGACGGUGAGCAUGAAACGCAAAUGCAAGUGGUCGAAGACCACGAAGACAGUGAACAGAAGGAGACCGAUCGAGCGGUCGCCGAUAUGCAAGCGGUGGUUUUAGACUCAGAAUUUGCAAUGGACGACGAAGACAGUAAAGGACACUGAUGCUUAUAAAAACAGUCAUAGAGAUUAGUUUUCAGCGGACACAAAAUAAAUGAUACCAUAGCAAUGUACGCAAUUUUACUUUAUAUAAAUUCAAUUUAUGGAACGAUUUCUUCCAUAUAAAACGAUAAAAAGCAAUAUUUAGAAUCUAAUAGCACUUGAUAUAGAUAUCUCAUAAAUUGUUUAAUAGAUCGAAAUCAAAGUUCGCCUGUGAAAUAGCUUUACGUAUUAACGUUUUUGUAACACGAGUUUAUAAGAUACAUCGUUAAGACAAAAAGAAAGUGAGAUGCUUUUAUUUUAAGUCCAUAACAUAUAAAAGAAUAAACGGUAAAUUAAGUAGAUGUUUGUUUAAAAUGAACUGUUACCUUAUUACAGCUCAAGCUUUUGAUAAACAUUAAUAAAAACACUAAUAAAUGAAAAAGUGUAAGUGCUAAUCAGUCACAUUGAAAUGUGACUGAUUAGCUUCAGUUCAAUUACAUUUGUCUCUUUUUCGCUCGCGAUACUUGAAUCAUGUCAUCUUUCUUUGAUAUCUAAUCGUAAUGUAGUGUGAUAUAGCGAUAUCAAGUUAUUUAUGUGUGCGUAAGGGUGCCGUUUUUGAAAAUGGAAUGUUGUAUUUGCUACAAACUACAUGAUAUCUACACCUUUCUUUGAUUUUAGGUGUCAACUGCAUCUCCGGUAUCAUGCAGACAGUUAUAUUAAACUUAAAAAUGUUUAUUAGUCCUGUUAAAAGGUUAUAAAAAUUGCCUUUUUUAAUAUGGAAUUAUUAGCUGUGUUUAAUUCGUUGAUUUUUUGUAGAGCUACAUUAACUACUUUUUGUUAUUAUCCUCUAUGGAUAUCUGUAAAAUGUAACUAAGAUAUGGUUGGUAUAUAAAGUUUUUACUGUCUAUUUCGAAUUAUCGUAAUGAUCUAUGGUUGCUUCGGAAUGUUAAUGAUUUAUCAAAUUUGGAAGCCUUUAUCUCGAUCAGAGAAGGCUAAUUUCGUAUAAUUCUUGUUUAUAAUAGUUACUUUAAAUUUAAAGUCUGAAUUCUCGUGUUAAGACUGCGCACCAUCAGAAUUUUGAAUAACGAAAGAAAAUGCAAUAAAUAAAUAAAUAUACACGCGUAAAUCUAGUUAUACUAAACCGUUAUUAAUAUCUUUAAAUUAAUUGUCAUAAAGUUGUAAACCUUUGUAUCAAAAUAUAGAAAAUUCUGCCUUAUUGUCUGUAUAUAGGUGUUAAUUUAAAUUUAUUGUUACAUUAAGAGCUAAUAUUUCAAUGUUAAAAUAAAAUUAAGAUACAUUGUCAUCUCUUUCUAUCCAUUAGAAGAGAAAGUGACAGAAUUAUUGUACCGAAAAUUGUUGACGAUUAAAAUAUUAGCGCUUAUUAAAAUUAAGAAUAGAUUAAUGUAUAAUAAAUCAAUGUCACUUAAUUGUAACAUGCCACAUUAUUUAAGUUAAAAUUAUAUUUCUAAAGCACA